UUUUUGCGAGCCUUAUGCGUGUGCUGAAUAUGCGUCCACCGACAGCAGUGAAAUUACAGAUGCUCUUUGCCAUAUCUUUCACCUGGGCCUACCAAGAAAUACCCAAAUACCAGCACCGAGACCCAGUGACGUCGAAGGUGAUGCUUUGUAACCAGUGCCCACCGGGCACGGCUGUGGAGCGUCACUGUAGCUCAGAGGAACCCACCGUUUGUGCCCCCUGUCCAGAGAAACGCUUUGCAGAACAGUGGCACUGGGGUGACAGCUGUCAGCAUUGUAUGUCUGUCUGCAAAGAAAGGCAGAUCAUACGAAGGGAAUGUAACAGCACUCAUGACAGGCUCUGUGAGUGUAUUCCCGGGUAUCACCUGGUGGUGGAGUUUUGUGUCCGUCACACCGCCUGCCCACCUGGCUCUGGAGUCGUAGUGCAGGGCACACCUGAGAGGGAUUCAGUGUGUGAGAAGUGUCCUCAGGGUUACUUCUCCAGUAGGUCCUCGUCCACAGAGCUCUGCUUGCCUCUCAGGGACUGCACUCGACUGGGUCUAAAGACUUUUAGAGCAGGCACAGCCACCCAGGACACACUGUGUGAGACUGAGAGUAAAGACUUCACAUUUGACUGCUCCCAUCAGCACGCAGAGUGUCAGAUUGACAUCACACUGUGUGAGGAAGCCAUUUUUCAGUUUCUUUCAUCUCCUCCUUUGGCCUCCGUCCCCAUAGAGCGUCUGUCUGAGAGUCUUCCAGGACGUAAGGUGGACUGGAAGAGUGUUGAGAGGCUGAAGAAGAGCUGCAGUCCUCAGCAGCAGACAAUACACCUGCUCCGUCUCUGGAGAGAACAAAAUAAAGACCAAGACAAACUCUUAAGCAUCAUUCAAGGUGUUAACCAUUGUGAGCGGAAAGUAUCUCACUGUGCCAGUGUGAAGAACCUCACACUGGGAGAACUGUUGGUAUUGAUGGAGAGUUUACCUGGUGAGAAGGUGAGCGAGGAGAACAUACGAGCUGUGGUCCGCUCCUGUCCCUCACAACAUUACAUCCAGCAGCUCCUCCAUCUAUGGAAGAUUCAGAAUGGAGGUCACGACCUGUACAAGGCUUUAGCCCAAAGUAUCCGCAAAUUACGCUCAAAAGGCGCCCGUCGACCUCUCCUUAAAACUCUGAAGAGGAUCAGUCGAAUUAUUUGUGUGUCAUCCAUACACAAAAUGUAUGAGAAGAUGAUUGUCAACAUUCUCCAAGACAGCAUGUGCUUCAAAACCAAACCUUACAAUGACUAAUUAUACAGUAGAUGACCAAAAAUAUGUGGACACCCAAACACCACAGCCAGAUGUGCUUGUUGAACAUUUCAUUUCAAAUCCAAGGCCAUUAAUUGUGAGUUUGUCAUUCUUAACAGCUAUCACUCUUCUUUUAAGGCUUGACACUCAAUGUUGAAACAUGACUGCAGGGAUUUGCUUCCAUCCAGGCACAAGAGCACUAGGGUAAAAUCUUUCCAUUACAGGGGUGACUGGCAGUAAGAAUUGCCAGUUGACAUGUCACAGACACAGGCAGCUUGAAACCUGUGCCUUUGUCCUCAAGUCUUGCAAAUACCUCCUAUAAUAAAUUAAUGAAGCUGUCUACACUGUACACGUACGUUGAGGCGCAUCGCUUAGCGCAGACAGUAGACAGAUGUCUAUUGCUAAUGCACUGCAGGUCUACUCCAGACACUUUAUCAUCCUGUUUGAAAUAAAAUGGUUUUACAUACCAAAUAUCAUACAGUAUGUGUGAAUCUUCUAAACGAAAUAAACUUUUUUUUUCUAACCACAUGUUUAUACAGUUUUAGCAACAAUAACAUUACAAUAAUAAAUAUAUAAUAAGUAAAUGUUUAUACCUGUGUAUUUCCGUUGAAAAUAAAGCAUGUUACAGGUUAUUCACCCAUUUAACCAUUGUUGAAGUCUGUUUAAGCUCCAGACUGAUCUCACAGUGAAAUCGGAAAGAGUAGCUCGACAUUUCUUUAGCAAAAAUCAGUAUAUUCUUACCGAAAUUUUAAAAACUGCCCCCAGUGGCCAAAGUGGUAAGUGUUGAAGGGUGUAUAGGCACAUGUGAGCUCCAUUUAUAACCAGGAGAGGUCACCAAAGGCUAGUUAUGAAGCAAAUUCCUUUCAACUGUACAGGAUAUUAUGCAUUGAAGAGGAAUGCAUAUUUUAUGGACUCUACUGUACACCCUAAUCCAAACCUAAACAUUAAUGGAGUAAAAAUGUAAUUUUAGGGGAAAAGUGCAACCUCCGAUUCACGCUCGUCACUGAUUCAGUGAAUGCGAUUACUUCCUGGUUUCAUUGUGGAUAUGAACCCGGGUCUCUCACGCUACUUACUUCUCACGCUGGUCGAACCAUGUGGGAAGGUAAACACACUGAAUCUGACGCAAAAAUGUCAGGUGGGAAAUUACGAAUGUCGCCAAUUCUAGGGUACUGGAACAUUUGGAAACAGCAUGCCGAUAUUCCUAUGCAAGCUAACAGUUGAUUGGUCUUUGCUUCCUGCGCACAUCAUUUAGAAUGUUCACUUCAACAUUCUAUUGAAGUGAAAACAGCCUCAAGCUACAUGCAAGCCAUACAUGCAAGUGACUUGCAGCAACAAGCGACAGGAUGAGUGGCAGCAACUGUUGGCAACUAGAUGUGGGCAUGUCCAGUGACUUGAGAAAGUGCCACAAAUGAGUGAGUUUGAUCUUAUACUUGAUAUGAUGAAUAAUGCUGCAGGUUAUAUACAGUAAAAACACUCCCCCUUGCGGAAUGUUUAUUUUAAGAGGCAAAACUGCUGAUUCCUUGUCAAACUAGAAUGAUGUUUUAGUUUUGCUGGCAAAAUGUCUCAACUGUGAUCAGACUUUCAAAAGAUAUGGCCCGUUGUGCUGCUGACCAAUAACAUUAGAGCGAUUAACAGGAGGAAUGCAUUCUAGCGACAAGAAGUGCAGAGCUAAAUCCAGUCUCUACAAAUGUGAACCAGGCUUUAAGCUGUUGCAUCGCUUCAACGGACACAUAUAGCUGCCACUUGACCGUAACUGUUACGGCUGCCACACUCUAUCCGUCACUGUUGUGUGUGGCUGUUACUCAAUGGGUCAAAGCUGUAUGCUGCUGCCACUCGAUCCUUCACUGUUAUAUGUGCUUGCCACUUGACCGUCUAUUUUAUAUGCGGUUGCCACUUGACCAUGUAUGCUGCUGCCACAUAUAGAGCUCUAUUUUAAGAGUGUCAUGUCUCUUAAGCCCCUUUCACAUUGUCAGCAGCUUUGUCGGUGGAUUUUGCUAGACUCUGUACUCUGUGUUGAUUUUACCCCCACUCCACAAGAGCAUGGGAUGAUAGCGCCUGGCUCGUAAUUAGCAUUAUAAUACAUCCCAAAGGCAUUCAACAGGGUUCAGGUCUGGGUUUUGUGCAGGUUAGUCAAGAUCUUCCACAAGAGACUCAGUAAAUCAUGUCUUGAUGGAAAUUGCAUUGUCAUACUGGAACAGAAAAGGGCCCUACCUAAACUUACCACAAAUUUGGAGAAGGCUCUGUCAACAUCUUGUAAGACUACUAUAAAGCAUGCCAACUACAAGGCACAUCCACUACAAGUACUCCCUCUUCAAAUAACUGGCGAAAUGCUGAAGUCUUGCAACAGUUGGAUGUCACAGUUAUACACUUUGUUUGUUGAGUUUAUUUGGAGUUCUGCAGCAAUCCUACACCUUUCCCUACCCUUAAACCUAAACAUAUCUGAGUAUCUAACCUUAACCACAAACUUUAAAUGUUCUAUUGAAGACAAUCAUAGGACUAUACCACUUGGUGGCAACAGUGAGAAGAAAUGUGAUGAAAAUGAAGAGGAGAGAAAGAAGAGAGGAAGCUCUACAACUGUGUAGCUAGAAGGAUAAUCAGCUUGCAGUACGCUAAGCUAACAGGCUAACCGAUUAGCUUGUGAGCUAUCUGGAGAAAACAGAACAGAGACAUUUUUAUUUUCACCAUUUAUAUUUGUAGUAACAAUAUGAUAUGUGACAUAUAAUUGAAAUGUUAUUCUUUGUCAUAUUUACAUAGUUUAGACAACAUGAAUAAAACAAUGUUUGCACAGGAUUUUAAAAGUUCUUUCCGAAAUAGAAUCACUUUGUCAUCCAAGGGUGGCAUUACUUGGAGUGGCCGUGCUGUGUAGUGGUGUUCCUUGUCAUCUUGCUGAACGCAGACAGAUACAGUACACUUGCAAAUUUGAAAGCACACAAUUCUCUGGAAUGUCAUUAUAUGCUUUAGCUAGCAUUAAGAUGUUUUUCACUGUAAUUAAAGGGCUUUGCCAAACCCGUUAAUUAGAUGGGGAGUCCACAUACUUUUGGCUGUGUAGUAUAACAUAUUGAAGGAUGAUGAAAAUGAGUUAUUUGAAAAUGAUGAGUUAUUUAAAUGGAAAGAUGUAAAUAGUUUUGUUUUGGGACUGAUAUAGGGCUAAAAAGGGAGAGGGUUAGUUGAUUUGUGUGAAGAUGGGGUUUUGUUUUAUUAUUUUGUUUUAUUUGGCUUGCUUUUUGUUUUUAUGUUGAACUACAUCGCUAAGAUUGAGGUUGGAGAUUUAAGUCCUGAAUGUUGAGGGCAAUGGCCUUUGGUUCAAGAUUUUGCUUGACAUGUUAUGUCUCUUAAACCAACUAAACUUUAUUGAAGCUGUAAAUAAAGGAUGUCAAUUAUAUGAAUGUACAAUCCAUAGGAGAGCAGUUGUGUUUUAUUUAACUGUAUUAUAUGUUGUCAAGUUUUUUUUCUUAAAAUGUAUUUAUACUGUAUAUAUAUAUAUAUAUAUAUAUAUAUAUAUAUAUAUAUAUAUACAUAUAUAUUACACACAGUCAAAAGUUUGGAAUAAUAUACAGAUUUUGCUCUAAUGGAAAGAAAUUGGUACAUAAAAGUGGCAUUCAACUGAUCACAAUGUGUUUAUAACAUGGACACAGGACAUUAAUAACAUGAAAAAUUACUAUUACUAUUUGAAAAAUAAAAUAAAUAAAUGUUCAGAACUUCUUAAACUACUUCAAAAAGUUCUCAUCAAAAAAUCCUAUACGCACAGCAAUGACAGCUUUGAACAUUCUUGACAUUCUAGCUGUCAGUUUGUCCAGAUACUCAGGUGACAUUUCACCCCACACUUCCUGUAGCACUUGACAUAGAUUUGUCUGUCUUGUCAGGCACUUCUCACACACCUUACAGUCUAGCUGAUCCCACAAAAGUUAAAUGAGGUUAAGAUCCAUAACACUCUUUUCCAAUUAUCUGUUGUCCCAUGUCUUUGCCCACUCUAACCUUUUCUUUUUGUUUUUCUGUUUCAAAAGUCCUGCACCCCUGAGUCUUCUCUACUGUUGUACAUGAAACUGGUGUUGAGCGGAUAGAAUUCAAUGAAGCUGUCAGCUGAGGACAUUUGAUGCAUCUGGCCUUCCACAUCUCUUUCUGUCCUUGUUAGAGACAGUUGUCCUUUGUCUUUGAAAACUGUAGCUUACACCUAUGUAUGAAAUAUUCAUAAAUUUUUUGGCAAUUUCAAGCAUUGCAUAGCCUUCAUUCCUCAAAACAACAAUUGACUGACGAGUUUCUAUAGAACGCUGUUUCUUUUUUGCCAUUUUUGACCUAAGAUUGACCUUAAGACAUGUCAGUCUAUUGCAUACUGUGGUAACUCAAAAACAAACACAAAGACAAUGUUAAGAUUAAUUUAACAAACCAAAUAUCUUUCAGCUGUGUUUGAUAUAAUGACAAGUGAUUUUCUAGAACCAAAUUAGCAAUUUAGCAUGAUUACUCAAGGAUAAAGUGUUGGAGUGAUGCUGCUGGAAAUGGGGCCUGUAGAUUUGUUCAAAUAUGAUUUUUUAUUUAUUUAUUAUUUUUUUCAAAUAGUGAUGGUGCUGUUUUUUUUUUUUCAUCAGUAAUGUCCUGACUAUACUUUGUGAUCAGUUAAAUGCCACUUUGGUGAAAAAAGUACCAAUUUCUUUCCGACACAGCAAAAUCUGUACAUUAUUCCAAACUUUUGGCCACCAGAGUAUAUAUUUAACAGUUUGUCAGGAAACUGGUCUCUGGAACUGCAGUAGACCAUUUAUUUUUAAUUUAAGGAUAUUUGUAACUGUUUUGAGUCUAUAUUGAUGUUUACGACAACAUAUUCUCAAAAUAAAAGUGAUAAAGUGGAAAAAUAUUUAAUGUUUUUAAACUCUUGAAGAAAGACAUCAUUCAGAAAUGAUCUUAA